UUGCCUCCUACUUUUUGUUGGGACCUGGGAGAGAAAAUUACCCCGCAGAGGUAACGAGGAGGGGAGAAAAAGGAAGAAAAGAGGAACAAGUUACAAACCGCGGACAUGUACAAGGUUGCUGUUUAGUCGUCUACGAUGCAAGCGGACGUCCUCUCGCCGUGAAUUCAGUCUUUCGUGUAGCAGUGUAUCCCUCCCUCUCUCCCCCAUCAUGCUGAGUUUCCUGCGCAGGACGCUGGGCCGACGUUCCAUCCGGAAACAUGCGGAGAAAAGUCGGUUACGGGAGGCCCAGCGUGCCACGACGCACAUCCCUGCUGCUGGGGAGGCAAAGUCUGUCAUCACCUGCCGUGUGUCCUUACUGGACGGGACGGACGUCAGCGUUGACCUGCCGAAAAAAGCAAAAGGUGAGGAGCUGUUUGACCAGAUCAUGUACCAUCUGGACAUCGUAGAGAAAGACUACUUCGGACUGCGCUUCAUGGACUCGGCACAAGUGCCGCACUGGCUCGAUGUUACAAAAAGUAUCAAAAAACAAGUGAAAAUUGGCCCGCCAUACUGCCUUCACCUGAGAGUUAAGUUUUACUCUUCAGAACCGAACAACCUGCACGAGGAGCUCACCAGAUACUUAUUUGUGUUACAGUUAAAGCAAGACAUCCUCAGUGGCAAGCUAGAAUGCCCGUUUGACACGGUGGUGGAGUUGGCUGCUUCCUCGCUACAGGCUGAGCUAGGUGAUUGCGACCCAUUAGAACAUCAUCGGGACCUGGUGUCAGAAUUUCGCUUCAUCCCCAACCAGACGGAGGACGUGGAGCUAGAGGUAUACAACAAAUGGAAGGAGUGCAGAGGUCAGAUGCCAGCCCAGGCUGAAAUUAACUACCUGAACAAAGCCAAGUGGCUAGAGAUGUAUGGGGUGGACAUGCAUAUGGUCAAGGCAAGAGAUGGUAAUGAGUACAGUCUGGGUUUGACACCCACUGGAGUUCUGGUGUUUGAAGGAGAAACCAAGAUCGGGCUCUUCUUCUGGCCCAAGAUCACUUGUCUGGAUUUUAAGAAGAGCAAACUGACGCUUGUGGUAGUGGAGGAUGAUGACCAGGGCAAAGAACAGGAGCACACCUUUGUCUUCCGGAUGGACCACCCCAAGGCCUGUAAGCACCUCUGGAAGUGUGCUGUGGAGCACCACGCUUUCUUUAGGCUGAGAGGGCCGGUUCAAAAGAACUCUGCGAGCUCUGGAUUCAUACGCAUGGGAUCCCGCUUCAGAUACAGUGGAAAGACAGAGUAUCAGACAACCAAGGCCAAUAAAGCCAGGCGGUCCGCCUCCUUCGAGAGAAGGCCCAGUCGACGUUACUCCAGAAGAACCAUGCAGAACAGAGGAGCGUUCCAUCAUCAGGAACUUCUUUCCUCGGGCAACGGAGUCAGCUCCAGCAAAGGCAACAAGGCUACUCCCAGUAGGAGUGCCUGGUCAGCAGUGCCCGUGGUCAGCCCGGUGGCUGCUGCUGCUGCCUGUGCACCGAUGGAAAUCGAAGCUCUACCCAGGAGUCCUGGAGGAGAAAAGAGGAGUGUGCCCACGGUUGCUGACCUGAUGGAGACGUGCAUCGAUGAUGUCCUCGGGGCUCCUGUCGUUCCCCCUGAGACCGCUGCAGACGAGGCCGGACCCAGCUACGCCUAUGCUGCCACCGGGGAAGAUCCUCUCAGCCUCGGUGAAGCAGCCGCUCGUCUGAAGCAGCUGGAGUUGGAGAGCAGUCCGCUUCUUGGUACUCUGAAAAAUGUCAACGUUAAUAUGGCCAUGAACAAUCAGGAGGACGUGGUGAAGCUCACAGAGAAGUGUGGUCUGAGCAGCACAGGCGGUAGUCCAGCUGUCACUCCACUGUGCACCCCAGAGGAUCUGAAGAGUAACAUCCUGAAAGCACAAGUUGAGGCUGCUGCCCUGAAGGGAUCUUUGGAGGAACACGUCCUAAUUGUUGGAGAUAAAAACUGUAACUUGCAGGAGGCUUCAGCCAGGUUGAGAGUGCGUACGGGGCGGAUGGGCAGUAACUCGUCUCUGUCCGUCAGCACUCGCCCUGAAAUCCAAGACUCCUGGGACCUGCUCAAGUCAGCCUCACUGGUCUCAUCAGCAGGGGCCAGUGCUGAGAGGCUAGCUGAAGAUGUAAACCCCUCUGUUCCCAAGAUGCCCUCUGAGUCUGCCGGCGAAGGCAUGGCACCAAAGGUUAAAGCAGAGGAGGUUGACCUGCAAAAUGUCGCCCCACUGUCUGACAACCUGAUUGAUUUCACUGAUCCAACUCCUAUGGUCAGUCACAGUCCUAUUUGUCUACCACCCGUGCAGCAGCCCAAACCUCCCAUCACACCUCGCUGGAUCAUUCCUUCAACUGCUCCUCCUGGCGUCUUUACUAACGGCCUCCUCGACCUCGACCCCCCUGCUAAGGGUCUCCUCCCUGCAGAUGGGGGAGCAGCUUUCACCCCAGUCCUCCCCCGCCUCGCUCACACACGUAACGCCAUCUCCGCCAGCACUGUGGGUCAGCAGCCAGCCCCGGAGGACAGAGCCAAACCCAGAGGUCUCCUAACCACUGAACUCUGAUGGAGAAAUGAGGAGCGGCCAUCACCACAUUCCCCCCCCCCCUCCUCACCCAUCCACACAGUGCUGAAAUCUGAGGGCUCAGAGGGAAGUUGGAACCAGGGAAGAGGCAGCUUACAGACACAAUUGCACCCACACUUACAAAACAGAUUGGACAAACUGAACAGUACACAGGAAAAUAAUAGGAAUAUGACAGUUUUUCAAGAUAACAUGCCUAGUUUUUGUAAAACACGUUAAAACAAACAUUUAGCUCCAGUAUUAACA